AUGUCCAAUUGGCUUGGGUCCGCCCACGAGCAGGUUUCGAACGCUCUGGCCAGCGCGCCAAGCCUGCAAGAUGCCGCUGCGAAGCUGGGCAUUAGUGACUUUUCACAGUGGGCAAGCGCGAAGGCCUUUGACCUGCACUCCCAAGCACGUGAGCAGGCUAAGGAGCUUGUCAAGGCAAGAAUGAAGAACGAGUUUGGGUCAGAGAUCCUUGAUAUGCUGAAUGCCCUCUCGGACUGCACGCGGAAAAUCUCAGAGGAGUUGAAACUUGAGAAUGCGAAGUUUGGCAUCACUUUGGCCCUUCCAUUGGUGGCCGUGCAACACAACACGCUGGACCCGCCCACAUGCGAAGGACUGCUCCUCGACCCAGCGGUGGUGGCAGAAGCCAAUCAUUGGGUUGACUUUGCCCAGGGUGCCUAUGGGACCUCCGACAUCAAAGGAUAUGACAAGGCAAGUGUGAUUAAUGCAAUCGAGCAAAGUGGUGGUGACAAGCGUGGGAUCGAGGUGAGAGUGGCCAACUUGCCUGCCCAAGGGGUCCAAAUGCCGGGACAUUAUGUUGCGUUGGACAGGACAAAGCGAGCGGUGGUUCUGGGCAUCCGCGGAACCACGACUUUGUGCGAUGCACUCACUGAUGCAGUGGGUGAUGCUGCGAAGGUUCCGGAAUGUCCCGGGCUUCUUGCCCAUAAAGCAAUGCUUGCCAGCGCCCGGGCUGUUCUUGAACGAACGCGGUCGGCCUUGAACGAAGCACUGAAAGAAAAUUCAGGCUACAGCCUUGUCAUCACCGGGCACAGUCUUGGAGCCGGCACUGCCAUACUUUGCACGAUCCUUCUCAGUGUCAGUCCGCUUGAUUCUCGACCUGCCAUGAAAUGCUUUGCUUUUGCACCACCGCCUGUGGUUGGACCUCUAAAUAGCCCAAGCCUGAGAGCUUUGGAGAUUCAUUCGUUCAUCAAUCGCGCAGACAUUGUGCCACGAGCAAGUCUGGCCAACGUUUUUCACCUCGGACAAGAGUGCAUGGCAGUGGAUGGACUGGAGAUGGAUUUCCUACACCGCUUCAUCCUGAUGCGGAGAGAUCCGAAUCCCGAAAAUGAGGCAGAAAAACAGGCUCUGCAAAAGGUGGUCGGAAAAGUACGCGAUUGCCGGCAACUGCGGAAGCAGAAGGACCAUGAGUCCUUCCCUCCACUUUUCGUUCCUGGACAGGUGUACUGGAUCGAAUGGCUGGGUAAUUCUGGCAGUGUGCAGGACACACCCGAGGCGACUGCGGAGAGAACACCCAGGAUACACGUGGCUUCUGCCACCGAGUUCCAGUCCUUGCUGCUGCGUGGAGGCACGAACGCCCUGAAGGACCAUCUGUGUGGCAACUACAAGGAAGCCUUGGACAAGUACAAAGUUCACCUGCAGGCGAACAACGGCUGCUUUUGUGUGGUCAGCUGA